CCGGCCACGGCUUUCGGUCUGUUUGCUUGAUUCAUGCCAACUGGGGCUUCAGAAUCAAGUGUACAGCCCUGACGACAACUGUGCGCCGCUUCUGCCUUCCCCCAGUCCGCUCAUCACUAUGGCUUCGACCUCUAGGAUCAACGUACAGUCGACGUCUUGAGAAGAUGACGCACCUAGUAACCUGGCUCUCGAUGCGCGUAUGAGCACCCCUGGACCCUUAUAACCCGUUUCCCCAGUCUUCCAUAGUCAUCCGUUAGCUCCACAACAACGAUAUCUGGACAGGCGAGGGAGGAGAGGACGCAUGGCAGGCAUGGGAAGUUGCAACGGGUGGUGUGAGAGUCGGACGCUGGGCUCGAGCGGUGGGCUAGACGCAGUUCUAGACCAGAGAUGAGUGGAGAGAGUUGAAGACGGCACUGACAGCGACGUGACAGAGAAGGCACGCGUGACAUCACACAUCAGUGUCGCGCCUGUCACUCCUCGUCACCGCUCUUUGGGUCGUCACGCCGCACUCUUGGGUUUGCUCAGUGCUUACUCUUGCCCAUGGCCUGCACAUGUACCCCAACAUCGACUACAAGCCCAUCUCUCGCGAGGUCCCCAAGGCAUCCUGCCGAUAUAGCACACGAGACAGCCCCGGCCGAAGCGGCGUCGCCCGAACAUUCAAGGUCGCCGCCUCAAGAGCCCCCACUAGACAAAGCACGGCCCCUGUUUACUGGUGCGCCAGCCUCCCGCGUGAGCUAGCCCACAUCAUACAACCGUGGCAUAUUUGUAGCUAUAGGAUGUCCCGCAAUUUCGACCCAGACCGCCUAGCAGAAGACUCGCGUCUUUCGGGCGGACCAAGACUCAAACGCUGCCAGCUUCUACAGUCGAAGGCAUCGUAAGCAGGUACAGCUCAUUGAUAU